CAGUCCGGAUGAACAGUAUUCGUUGGCUCACACCAUUAAACAAUCUCCUUAUUUAGAAUCUGUCCAUGAGAAAACCGUAUCUUUAUCUUCAAAGUCUUAUCAAAUGGUAUCUUCAGUACAAGGAACUUUUUUGAAGUUUCUCGUACAAAUUAGUAAAGCUACAAGAGUGCUGGAGAUUGGAACUUUCACUGGUUAUUCGGCGUUGUGCAUGGCCGAAGGUCUAAAAGAGCGAGGAUUAGAAGCAAAAAUAGUCACGUUGGAAAAGGACAUAGAUCAUUUUAAAGCGGCAAAAGAGAACAUAGAAUCUUCAGGACUUGGACACUUGAUUGAGUUGAAACUUGGCAAUGCAAUUGAUAUACUUUCAAAUUUGGAUAAUUCGGUACAAUACGACCUGAUAUUUAUUGAUGCUGAUAAGGGCAAUUAUAUCAACUAUUAUAAUACUGUUCUUGAACGAAAUCUUCUUUCUGAUGAUGGAAUUAUCGUCGCUGAUAAUGUGUUGUUCAAAGGACAUGUAUCACAAAUGACUAAAACAAAAGACCUCAGUCAAAUUCCUCCCGCAGCUAAACACAUACAUUCAUUUAACGAAUACGUCACUAAUGACCAACGAACUACACAAGUACUUUUACCGUGCUUUGAUGGAAUCACAUUAAUUCGAAAAAAAAAACUUUAA